CCUGUAUCUGUUCGGGUCUGCCCUCAGCCCCGUCGUCGUCGGUCGCUCCCCUCCAAGCCCAACGACAUGGCCAAGAAAACCCGUCGAGCCUCUGAAAGAUCCGCCCACCCAAGCGCCGGCAGGAUCUCCCACAAAUCGACAAAGGCCGCUACCCGCACGGCCAGACGUCCUGCUGCCACCUCCAGCGUCGCUACUGCUGCUGCUGCUGCCGCGGCCGCUUCGGAUCAGCAGCCGAGCACCUUCUAUGAGAGCAGCCCGGCCAACCACUACCGAACGCCUCAACAAACCAAGAUCCUCGAGAAGGUCUUUGCUCGCACCAAGGGUAUCUGUCCGCACGGCGAUACUCUGGAGCAGCUCGCCUCGAUCUUGGAGCUAAGACCCGCGGAUAUCAAAGCCUGGUUCAAACAGGCCGAGAAGGACUCUGGCAAGCAUAGCAAACCAAGGCUCCCUCGAAAACCCUCGACUCGAUCGGCAAUGAACCAAAGGCAGAGCCCGCAUACGCCCCUCGUCCCGCCGGACCCAACCGAUGCUACUACGCUCGAUCCCGCAUCCCCGCUUUCGACCAUUUCGGAGACUUCUGCAGGCGGAUAUACAGACGAACCGAUCGCGCGUGCAUCGUCGGCUCUCGACUCGGGCACGCGGCUGCCUCCGUCGCUGACUCCGUCUCCCACCAGCAAACGCCCGUCAUCGUCCAGAAAGCCGGGUGCCGGCCGCGCCGAUACCGCCUACAGUCCCGAGCCGGCUCCCAAGAAGCGCCGUGUAUCGUCGCCGUUGCCGUUGCCGUUGCCGUUGCCGCUGACUUUGGAGCCCUCGAGCAUUCAAAACGACUCGUCGGAGCAUCAGGCAGCGACCGCCCCUCGCCGCUCGUCUCGUCUGCGGCAGCCUUCUCAACCAGCGCAUCCGCUACCAUCCGGACAGAAGGAUGCUGCUGCUCUUUCGUCCCGAUCUACCCGAAGCAGUGCUGCGAAGCAGAGCUUGGUGGCCGCCGCCGCUGCUGCUGCUGCAUCUCCAAGAAGAACCAGCAGCCGAUCGCUGACCCCAACCCUGGCAGCCGAAGCACGCCUGUCGACACUCCAAAAUCUUACUCACGCCAGUGCCCUCUUGAGCAGUUACUACGAGCUGUUCCGCGGCAUGAGGUCUGGCCCAACCGAGCGACGGUGGACACACCACGAUAUCUCCGUCGAUGCCGGGAGCAGAUCGCAAGCCCCCAUGUCGUCAGAGAGCAGGAUUUCGACGGACGUGUCCGAGUCGACCCCAGCCGACGCAUCGACGACCGAGAUUGGCCUCCAGCCGGGAUCGCAGAGCCUCUCCGAUGCUGGAUCCCAGCCGCAAUGUGAAGGCUUUGCAGGGCCGCCAGAGCACACCAAAAACAUAUUCUCGUUCGGCAUGAGCCACCAGCCCCUCAAGGCUUCGGAAUCGGUCGUAGCCCCGAAACAGCGCGGCAGCAGCAUCGAUCUGUCACAACACGGAGCGAGCGACCAAGACGACGAUCUAUUGGAGACUCUGUUUGCCUCGAUCCGGAGUCGGAUGCGCGCGAAGGAUGAGAAGCUGCACGCACAAGAGAGUGCGUGCUCGGAGCUCGCCGACGAGUUGGCCAAGCUUCGGUCCGAGCUGACCCAAUGCCGGAGACAGCUGUACCAAGCCUCGGACAGCAACCAUGCGCUGCAGAUCGUUGUUUCCGAGAAGGAUAAGACCAUCAGCCAGCUUGUCGAAGAGAAUCAUAUGCUCAAGUCCCAGACGGCUGCGCUUCCUGAGCAGCCGGUCCAGAACGCCCCGAGCGGAAACACCAGUGCCGAGACCAUCGCGGCCUAUGCACACGAUACUCGGCCUUCCAAGAUCCUGGUGGAUCGAAAUGCUGCUCCUGACAAGCCACACGGAAGCAUCCACCGCCCAUUCUUCGAAAAGAGCCGAGAGCACAUUCCAGAGACCAGCUGGGGCGAGCUUCGUGACUCGACUGAGUUCCCGCGGUCUCUCAGUGCAUCGUCGGUAGGAUCGCCCCUGCACAAUGCUUUGCCGCCCUCACGAUCAGAAUGGCGAUCGAGAUACUCGGAAGAGUCGCCCAUCGAAGAGCUCAGGGGAUACGGGUAUCCAUUCAAGCGCGGCGAGCUGCCUGCAGGUAUACCGUCGGCUCAAUACGCUGGGGCAUCCGUCCCGAGAAUGCACGGCCACGGCCACGGCCACAGUAUAUCUGAGAGUAGCUUCCAAGACACCGAUCGCCGUGGCCAGGCACCUGCUACCCGUCUGCCCCCAAGAACUCAGUAGUUCGCGCUCACUUUGCGGCUGCAGCAAGACAUCUCAAUCCAACCAUCGCCCAGGAGGCUCUCCGACAGAGCCUUGAGCGCACGCUGCCGCCGCUGGCCCAGCAAAUUUUUGUUCAAAACCAAGCGCUCUCGAUGCGCGCCCCACUCACAACCUCCUUUGAAGCUGCCCCAGUCUCACAUCGCGCAUAUUACUCAACGACACAACCACACGUGCAUACUCUUGACCUUCAUCUCGCCGCCCGAGAAGCAAGAGUCUUUCAGUGGCCACCAUGUGCACAGACAUGGCGGCCACUUGAGCCGGACGGUGCUGAUCUUCUGCAGCAGAACUGCGAUUGUCUGGCAAAGCCACGGAUGCAGUCCAUUCCUGCAACCAACACACAAAACCGAAUCAAAAAUAAAGAUAGCCAGAU